CUAUUCUUAAAAUUUUGCUCAAAUUGUUUUCUCGGAAGACCAAAUAAUCAUCACACACGGAUUUGGGAUGUGUGCGUUCUAGCACAAGCUGUUUUGCCUGGCCCGGAUCAAGUUGAUGUUGCCACCAUCUUAUGGACCCAUUUCUACAACGUGGCAACAUCAACAGGACCAAUUGUGAUGGGGGGCCUCAUCACACAUAUAGCCACUUUAUAUGGUUUUGUAGACCACGGCCCCAUCACCUCAAGACAACUUAUUUGCACUGAAUGGCUUGUAACAAAGACCCUAGACUUGGUAUCCUCUCACAAAACACCAACCGGGGCACAAGUCUAUAAUUGGCGCAUCCUCCCACGCACCUCCAUCUACCUCCAAAUACCCUCGGCCGACGUCCCCCUGGAUAUCAUCGAUCACCAAAUCGGGGAUGGUCAUCACUAUUGUCUUCCCGGGGCAAUCCCGGAUCAUUAUGAAGAACCCAUCCAAAAUGAAGAUGAUGAAGAACCACCAAUCAUACCCGAACAACCCCCACUAAUGCCUGAACAACCACAACCUCAAGCUUUUCACUACACACCUUUCGAGCAACAAAUGCUCGAUAACAUGGCCAUGCUCAACAACAACUACACCCAACUUCGGAAUGAAGUUGGAUUAUAUCGUACGGAGCACAGGCAGAGCUUUGAGAGGAUGGAGGAGCAGCGGCAGGCAGACUGGCGUAGAUAUGAGGAAGACCGCCGGAGAGAUGAGGAGGACCUACGGAGGACCUAUGGUCCUAUUUAUUCCUAUAUGGCGCAUCAGGGUGGAUUUGCAUCUAUGACCACUCCCCCUCCCGCACCCUCUUGGUAUGAUCCCACUGCAUGGGGUUAUUUUGGAGGCUCGAGUUCCGGUGGUGGAGGCGAUGAUGGUGGUUAUGGCGGUGAUCACAUGGAUGAGGACAGACACCAUGGUGGCGGUAUGGGCGGGCACUAGGGACAGUGCAAUGACUCAGCUGGGGGGAGACUGUUCUGGAUCCUAAGGGUG